GCAACUACGGGUAGCCGACAUAAGGUCGGGCGAGUGGAUCGCAGAUCUCAUCGUUCAGUUUCACUCUGAUUAUUUAGCUUAGGUUUCUUCGUACAACGUUCCUCGUGCAUAAACACUCGCAAUGCCUGAAGAUCGUCCUCACAAAAAUAUAGUUGAAUCCUUUGCCGAGGCGGCGUUUAACAUGGUUGACCGCCCGGUCACUUGGUUCCGAGAGACUAUAGUGGCCCCAAACCGGCCCAAAUACUACUGGUAUCACGAGAAGUUGCGACGUGUUCCUGAAAUCGACGAAUGCUACACUGAUGACCUGAUGUGCAAAUUUGAGGCAGAUCAGCAGUUCAAAAGGGACAGGGACGUAGAGUCCUCAAUACUGCGUAUUUUGAGACGUCGACGGGACGACUGCUACUUGUACGAAGCCCCGGACCAUGACAGGUGCAUACCGAUGGAAAACGACUACGAGGAGGCCAAGCUCAACUGGUUCAUUAAGUAUGGCGACAUUGGUCCGCAGGGCAACGUAGUGAAAGCCUUCAUGAAGCAGAAGCAUCGCCUGGUGUACGAAAGGCGUCAGAAAGAGAAGGAAGAAGCAAACGGGUUCUAGAGAACCCACGUAGUGUCGUCUGUAGGGUUCUGUUGUAAAGAAAGGGUCAGGUUUGUUCAUAAUAAAGGCAGAUUCUAAGUCCUAA